AUGUGGGCGGCACAGACUCAUUUGUUCUGUGCCGUCUAUAUCGCCGGCUUGGGGUUGGACUUCGUGAAGCUCGCGCUGGAAUCGGUUGAACAAAAACCAUUCAUCGCUGAUGAAGCCCAGAAACUACCAAAAGAGACCACCGCAAAUGUGUUUAACCGUAGCUUGUUCUGGUGGUUGAAUCCACUUUUGCUCCAAGGGUUCAAAGAUGUACUUGAGGCUGACAAGCUUUUAUCCAUCGAUGAGCGAGUCAACGAUGCAUCGCGUGGAGACCUAUUUGCACGGAAAUGGGACGCAGUGCAAACAAAGUCUUCCUUUGCUUUAAAGAUGCUGUUGAUCGUUCACCAUCGGUGGGCCAUAGCUUCGGCAUUUAUUCCUCGGCUUUGUAUGACGGGUUUCACCUUCGCGCAGCCAUUCCUUCUUACCCGCGUGGUCAGCUUUGUGUCUGAGAGCAAUGAUAGCACCAGCCGGAACUAUGGAUACGGUCUUAUUGUCGCCUCGGUGUUGAUCUAUCUGGGGCUAGCUGUGACAACUGCGAAAAGCCAGCACAAGACGUUCCGCCUCAUUACCAUGAUCCGUGGUAGUGUCGUGCCGCUUAUAUAUCGACACACUAUGCAGUUGGAUGCCGGAGUUGCACGGGACUCAGCUGCAUUGACCCUCAUGAGUGUGGAUGUUGAGCGUAUCAGCUCAGGUCUUCAAUAUGUUCAUGAAGUGUGGGCCAGUCCGAUCGAUAUUGGGCUUGCCCUAUGGUUGUUGGAGCGCCAGCUAGGUCUUGCUGUUGUCGCGUUUGCGUCUGUAUUUCUCUUCUGCACCCUUCUCGGUCUGGGGGUGGCCACUACUAUGGGUGGUCGACAGCAAAGGUGGCUUCAGGCCAUUCAAAACCGAGUUCAAGCCACAUCUGAAAUGCUGAAAAGCAUGAAGGAAGUGAGACUAGGCGGCUUGCAAAAUUUGAUGGCCGAGAAGCUCCGAGGACUCCGCAUAGUAGAGGUUUCGGAGUCGACGCCGUUCAAGCGAGCGUUGACACUGAUCGUUACCUUUUCUUACACCACCACGUCAACGGGUCCGCUCCUCGCAUUCACCAUGUACAGUUUGUUGGCGAAGCGAAAUGGAUCCACCAUGCUCAACUACGAUAAAGCUUAUACCGCUCUCUCGCUCUUUGCCCUGCUUCAAGCGCCCAUGGCCCUGAUCCUGGAUGCCAUUGCGGGACUGGUAUCUGCCUUGGGUGCACUGACACGCAUAGGAGCCUACUUGUCAAAGCCCACGGUCUCCUACAGCGAAAAGGGCAAACUAGCCCACCCGUCGGUAUCCACAGUGCUCAGUCAUUCCGCUUUCGAUGAGAAGAAAUCUCCCAACAUGGUGAUGGCCCAAGACUUCAGUGCUGGCUGGGAUCCCGCAAAGCCGAUGGUGAUCAAGGACCUCAGUUUCGAUAUCCGGCCGUCAAGUAUCAAUUUUGUCAUUGGGCCAGUUGCUUGUGGUAAGACAACUCUGUUGCUGGCCAUUCUCGGCGAGGUCAACCAUAAAGAAGGCCGGCUGGAAGUGGGGGCGUCGCGGGUGGGCUACUGCAGUCAAACGCCUUGGAUAACAAAUGGUACCAUUCAACGCAACAUUCUGGGUACAAGCUUGUAUGAGCAAAAGUGGUAUGACAAGGUUGUGGAAAUGUGUUUGCUCAAGGAAGACAUCUCAGGUUUCCCUCGUGGACACCAAGAAUGGGUCGGAAACAGCGGUAUGACCUUGAGCGGUGGUCAAAAGGCUCGACUGGCUAUUGCACGCGCUGUUUACGCCAAAGAAAGGGUCCUGCUGCUUGAUGACGUCUUCAGUGGACUGGACGGAAACACAGAAGAAAGCUUGUUCCACAACCUGUUUGGACCGGAUGGACUAUUGAAGGAGGCAGAAGUCACUGUAAUCCUCGCCACCCAUGCCGUUCAACGUCUUGUCUAUGCGGAUAACGUCAUUAUCCUGGACUCAGAAGGGCACCUUGCAGAUGAAGGCACUACUAACGAGGUUCUUGCAACUGCAAAAGAGAUGGCAUAUAGCCCACCGACAGGAAAGAAGCGUGGUGAGCCAUCUGAACAAGAUGAGGAACUUGCAAGGAUACUUUCUAUCGAAGAAGCACCAACGGGGGCGGACCGCAGAACUGGCGACACAGCUGUCUAUAAAUACUAUAUCCAGACAGUUGGUCCCUUCAGAACAGCGAUAUUCUUCCUUGCAUGCUCCGUCUUUGUUGUCGGACUAACGCUUCCCCAGUUCCUGGUGAGGUGGUGGCUGGCUCGAAGCGAUGAAUACACCGUGUCCCAUAUGAGCACGUACUUGGGUGCCUACGCGGGUCUCUCUGCGGUGGCAAUUAUCUCACUCCCUUUCGCUGUCUGGCAUCUCACUGAGCGAAUGUUGCCACGGGCCUCCAUGCAAUUCCACUCGUCUCUUCUCAGCACCAUCCUUCAAGCAUCCUUGCAAUUUUUCUCAACAACCGAUGUCGGCACUACCUUGAAUCGAUUUGCUCAAGAUCUUCAGUUAUCUGACAUGGAGCUUCCACUUGCACUGUUCAACACUUCCGUGGAACUCUUGCUCUGCACGGCCCAAUUGAUCAUCAUCGCAAUCUCGUCCAAGUGGAUUGGUAUUGCACUCCCAGCCCUGAUGGCGGUUUUUUACUUGAUUCAGAAGUUCUACCUGCGAACAGCCCGGCAGCUUCGUCUUCUCGACAUCGAAGCCAAAGCACCCUUGUUUUCUACUUUCAUGGAGCUUAUCGCUGGUCUAACAACCAUCCGAGCGUUUGGUUGGCAGACCGAGUUCGACAACCGCAAUCGCGAGGUGUUUGACCGAUCUCAAAAGCCGUUCUAUCUACUCUACUGCGUGCAACGCUGGUUGAACCUUGUUCUCGAUCUGGUAGUUGCAGCAGUAGCCGUGAUGGUCGUGACUAUCGGAGUGCAAACUCAAGGACAAGUUGAUGCUGGGUUUAUGGGAAUUGCUCUGGUCAACAUCGUGCAGCUGAGUAUCAGUAUCAAAGCUUUCCUUUCCAACUGGACUCAACUUGAAAUCUCCAUUGGUGCAGUCUCUCGUAUUCGAGCGUUUGUUCUGGAUGCACCAUCGACGGACUCAGAUGAAACAGAGAGUUCAAUCUCUCCCGAGUGGCCUGAGAGGGGCCAAAUUGAAUUCAAGAAUCUUACUGCGCAAUAUGAGGGCUCUCCCCAGCCAGUGAUUCGAAACCUUGAUCUCUCAAUUUCGCCGGGGGGGAAGAUUGCCCUUUGUGGACCGAGUGGAAGUGGCAAAUCAUCUAUCGCUUCCAGUCUCUUCCGUCUUCUGACUCCAAGCGAGGGUACAAUUACCAUUGAUGAUGUCGACAUCUCUACAGUGUCUCGCGACACACUCUACACCCGCCUCAUCUGCGUCACACAAUCACCUCACUUGAUUUCCGGCUCUAUUCGGGAGAACGUCGACCCCUUCAAUGCAACAAGUGAUGACCAAGCAAUUGAAGUAGCACUCAAGGAAGUCCAUCUCUGGGACACAGUGUCCUCGAGGGGUGGAAUCCAUGCCCAGCUCUCCGAAGGCUUAUUCAGUGUUGGGCAGCAGCAGCUACUAUGCCUAGCCCGUGCCAUGAUUCGUCCGGGCUCAGUGGUAGUGUUGGACGAAGUCACAGCCAGUGUGGAUCGGGAGACUGACCGCCAAAUGCAAGAGAUUAUUCGUCGGCACUUUGCCUCGCGUACAGUCAUUACAAUUGCGCAUCGCAUUUCCACCAUUCUGGAUGCGGACCGCGUCGCCGUGGUCUCGGACGGUGUCAUUGUUGAGUUGGGCUCUCCUACAAGCCUAUUGGCUCGUGAGCCUCGAAGCCUGUUCCGUGGCCUUUAUGAGGCUACUACAGCCUCCAACCAAUCUUGCGAGACACUGAUCGAGGCAUAG